UUUAGAAUUACGUCGGCGCCAUAUCGAACGGACGUUUGGACUUGAGUUUAUUUUUUUUAAUUUUCUUUUUUUUUUUUAGUUCUGUGCAAAGGUUUUAGGAAAACUCGGGAAAGGUUUUAGUGUUGUGAUUUCUAUUCUAAGUAUGGGGAUUUUGCUGUGAAAAUCAGUGAAAUAAAAAUAAAUGAUUCAGAAACAAUUGGCUUUUUUUAAAAAACCAUUAUAUUAAUAUAAAAACUGUGCAAAUAAAUAAUUAUUAAUUUAAACAAUUGACAAUAUUAUGUGGAAGUGAAGUGAAGUGAUUAAAAUUCAAAAUGGCGGACAAUGAAGGACCAGUGACAGUCAGUGAUCUUCCGAUGACUUUUCAAGUCAAAUACCUAGGACAGAGCGAUGCAAGAGGACUAUGGGGUAUCAAACAUACAAGAAAACCUGUUGAUCUUAUGGUGGCAUCAGCCAAGGCUCUACCUCCAGGACAAAUCUUGCCCAUAGUGAAACUAACAAUCACAGUAGAGGGGGUACAUCUAGAGACCCUGCACAAUGGACCCAAUAAGGACGAAUUCGAGCACAUGGCCGUGUUCUUCAACAUACAAUCCAUAUCAUACGGAGUGCAGGAUCUGGUAUACACCAGGGUGUUCUGCAUGAUCAUCGUUAAGGACAAUGCUGAUGUCAAAGGGUUAAACCCUUUCGAGUGCCACGCCUUCGUCUGUGAAUCCAGAAAUGCAGCGAGACGCCUCACAUAUUCUUUGGCUGCCGCCUUCCAGGAUUACUCGAGAAGAGUUAAGGAAAUGCAGGCAAAUCCAGAACUGGACGAAAGGCCGCCUAGUCUAAAGAAAAGAUUCGCGAUAGACUUAAGGACGCCAGAAGAAAUCGAAGCAGAGUUAGAAACCGAAGCAUAACGAACAAACGGACAAAAAGUAACAAUUCCAUUGAAAUUUUUACAGAUUUUUAAUAUAAUACAAAAAUACUAUGUAAUACAAUCGCAUAGUAUAUUUAUAAGCCUCAAUAGCUCAACGGUUGAGGAGCGGACUGAAUUCCGAAAGGUCGGCGGUUCAAACCCCACCCGUUGCACUAUUUUCGUACCCACUCCUGGCGCAAGCUUUACGCUUAGUUGGAGGGGAAAGGGGAGUAUUAGUCAUAUGAUUAGUAUGGCUAAUAUUCCUAGAUAACCAUACCAUACCAUUCCUUCCUAGUAUCGAUUCAGUAUCGCUUCUUAGGGUGAGAUCUAUAGAGCGCGCUCUGCCUUUGCUUAGACUUAAAGAAGACUUAGGCUGAAAUCUAUAAAG